AUGCAGCUUCCGAGUCCAUUUGGUCUUCUGCGCCUGUCGCUUGGAAUCACGGCGGCACUGUCAACAUUUGGUGGUGCAUUUCCAAAUGGAGAUGUCAGGGCAUCUCUGACUGAGCGAGGCGCAGCAAAAGAAUGCAAUCGGGCUUGCCUGUCCAACAUUGUCGAUCAAUUCCUAGUGUCAGUGGUGAGGCAUGACCCGUUCAGUCUGCCAUUGGCUUCAAUUUAUAAGGCAACCGAAAACUCCCACUCGGCAGCUCUUACAAUGAUGACGCUAUGGCGCACUGUUACAAGAGUGAACAAGCCCAGUCUUUUGGCAAUCGACUCCAAGCAAGGCACAGUCUACUUCUCUUUGGACAUCGACGAAGGUGGCAUUACAAACAUCCUCCGUACCCGACUGAAAGUCGUGAAUCGCAAGAUCACCGAGCUAGAGAUCUUUGUCAACCGAUACCGCGGCGAGCAUGGUUUCUCCUUCUCGGCUGAGGAACUUCCGUCUAACUACGCGGUUCUGAUGUCGCCACCAGCCAACCGGACCAAGGCGAGUCGAAAAGACUUGACAUCUCUCAGUAAGGCCCUUUUCGCCACAUCGAGCGACUUCAAAGUCACCGUCAGCGAUACAUGCCAAUUCAGCGAGAUCGGUUGGAAGGUUGUCGAUACAGGGGUAUAUGCAAAUGGCACAACAGACCCACUCGGUUGUUCUUGGCCAGACGCGCACCCUACCGACAAGAAGGCACGCGUCGCCCUUGUCGUCGACGAGGAGUUGGGCUUUGUUGUUACCAGCGGCAUGAUUCCGGGUAUCAUUUACCCUUAUCAGAACGUCUCUGCUUUUAUUCCAGAUGCUAUGCCUAGUGCGCAGGAGGCGCAGGAUGUGUGGUAUGCCUAUGCGCAAGCAAAGGGUCAAGGACCACUAGUGGCUCCUGCUGCAGGAAUGGGUGAAACACUUGAAGUGCUGCAGUAUUAUAAUGAUGAGUUGCAGGCCAUGCAGAUCAACGUUUACUUGAAUGCCCCCAACGCGACCUCUCUGUGGUUAUAG